UCGAGGCCGAGACGCUGUAGCAGCUGCUGCUGUAGCUACAGCUGUUACUGCUGCUGCUGCUGUUGCUGCUGCUGCUGUUGCUGCUGCUGCUGUUGCUGCUGCUGCUGUUGCUGCUGCUGCUGUUGCUGCUGCUGCUGUUGCUGCUGCUGCUGUUGCUGCUGCUGCUGUUGCUGCUGCUGCUGUUGCUGCUGCUGCUGCUGCUGCUGCUGCUGCUGUUGCUGCUGCUGCUGCUACUACAGCUGCUGCUGCGUUGCCUGCCGACAGCAGCGACCUGUUGUGAGCAUUGCGAGCCCCGCUGCCGUGAAGUUGCGGGGAAAGUAUCUGAAGUCGCGAAAGCUUCAAAUCUCGAAGAUAUCAAAAUGGACGAGCAGUGCAUGCAUCAGGACGGCUGCGUGAAAGUGGUGUACGACAUGCUGAUGACUGCAAGCAACUGCGGCAGCAAUUGGCCAUCCGACCAAGAAGACAUAUUUCGCCUCCUCGUGCACGGGAGAGAACAUUUUGAAAUAUUAAAGAAAAUCAAGGAAAACCUGGAGCUGAUCCGAACGCUGCCCACGGAUGUCAAUGUGUUGCGCAACCUGCAGCAACAACAAUACGUGACGGAAUUGCGUGGAAGGCCGUUCAACCUCAGCCGACACGGCAGCGAGUGUUCACAGGAAGUCUUGGCCGGCAGCCAGGGACCCUCCAGUGCCGGCGAAGGUUCCUCAUCAGGCGUUGCACAGGAUGUUGUGACGGGUGAAGCGAGUGGAUCCAAUGGUCCCCCACGGCCACCGGACGGAGACAACCCACGGGCCCGGCUUGGAACCCUGCCGGACAGCGGCAAGCCUGGCAACGCUCUUUACAACUUCCUGAAACAAAUCGACUGCUUGGAGUUUUUGGAGAAUUUCACUUCACGUGGAUUGUCGAGUGUCCAACAGCUGAUGGACGUUACUCUACAGGACUUGGAUGAACUGGGAGUCCCAGAAGCCAAAAAGCGACUGCUAUUGAGUGGAAUCGAAGAGCAUGGCGUGUCCACCACGAUCUCCAGCGAGACGACGCUGCAGCGCUCGUCCAGUGAAGAGACAGUCCACCUCAGCUCCGAAGACGACGACGAUGACGGCAUCGACACCAAGGACGGCAUCCGUGCCAAAGUGUUCCCAGCGCUGCGGCCCUCUGGCAGGAAUCUGUCCUCUGUCGGCAAUCGGUAUCGCAAAAGCAGCAUUGCCAAAUACAAUUUGCGAGCGCACGCUCGCCAAGCCGUUGCCCUUCCUCGUGCUGGCAGCUGGGGAGGCAGUAGCAGCCUGGAGGUGCCCAGGAGUAAGAUGCCAAAAUUCCCCUCUCCUCCUAGGUUCCUGGCGUUCUCCCUCGGCGUGUGCGUCUGGCGUCGAAACGCCCGCCUCUCCCACCGCUCUCGCGAGUCCCACGAGUGA